GUCGAGGUAGGACUGUUUUGUCGCCGGUUUCGCCGGUGUCCGAUCGCAACCGGGUUCCUCCUUCGCUUGUUCGCGCCACGGAAUUCGUCCGUAAAUUCAUUUCGUUGUUCGGCUCGAGACGCGUUUUCGGCGAUCGGUAGAGUAAAAAAUUCGCGGGUCCGUUUGAGUGAGAAAAAAAAAAAGAAUAACUUUUCGAGUGGUGAGUCAGGCGGCUCCUCGAACAGCAGUCUUAGUUUCAGUGUGAACAGUGCGUUUGUCUUUUUCGCGAUUCCGAGCGUAUGCAGUUAAAUUCAUCAUCGUGUCGCGUUUCAAGUCUUGGCCAGUGCCAAUAUAAUGUGAGCCGUCGCGAGUGACAGAGAGACGGAUUCAGAAGAGAGACGAACGACAGAAAAAUUAACCGUGCUCUGAUUUCAACAUGACGCGAAGCGAAGUCUAGAACCGAUCGCACUCACUCAGUCCCCCAUUCUACAGAGGGGAAAGUGAAGGUAGAAGGGAAGAGGAGGAGACGUGAGAAUCUUCUCGCGAUCGUCAAAUCGUGAAAAUCGUCAACAAUCAUUGUUGAGCGCACCUCCGCGGCAGAGAGGCACGACAGAACGAAGAAUGGAGCGGCGUUUGCCAACGGCGUGCAGCAUGACGGAGAAACGGUGCCCACGCCGAUCCCUCCGGCCAUGGAUCGUCCUCGCGACGGUCCUGUUUGGCCAGCUGCUGCUCCUGCAGCAGGUCCACGGCGAGAUCUACACCAAGAUGUUCUCCAGCCAGCAGAACCCCAGCGAUCCGUGUUACGACGAGGAUCGGCCACGUCGGUGCAUACCCGAUUUCGUGAACGCGGCUUUCGGCGCAACCGUCGAGGCAUCGUCCACGUGCGGCACCGGCGGACCCACCCGCUACUGCGACGUCACCGACGAGCCCGGCGGCACCACCGGCAUCGGUCACUGUCACGUGUGCGACGACAGCACGCCCCGGCGACGUUUCCCUGCCAGCUAUCUGACCGACCUUAACAACCCGAACAACGUCACCUGCUGGCGCAGCGAGCCGCUCGUCAGCUCGCAGAGCUUCUCGGCGCCUCCCGACAACGUCACCCUGACCCUCUCGCUCGGCAAGAAAUACGAGCUGACGUACGUCAGUCUGCAGUUCUGCCCGCGCGCCGCCAAGCCGGAUUCCAUCGCGAUCUACAAGUCGAUGGAUUACGGCAAGACCUGGCAACCGUUUCAGUUUUAUUCAUCGCAAUGCCGCCGGGUCUACGGCAGGCCGAAUCGCGCGACUAUCACCAAAGCGAACGAGCAAGAGGCGCGGUGUACCGACAGCCAUCGUUACACCGGCGGAGAUGGUCUCGGUCCGGUCGGCAGGAUCGCCUUUAGCACUCUGGAAGGUCGGCCGUCCGCCGCCGACUUCGACAACUCACCGGUACUACAGGACUGGGUGACCGCCACCGAUAUUCGGGUGGUAUUCAACCGGCUGCAUAUGCCGCAGCAAUCGAGCCCGGAGUCGCAAGUGUCGCACAACGGCGAGGAGCAUCACGUGGCGGCGAUCGGGCUGGAGGAACUGACGAAGCGGGAACGCGAGCGGGAGGAACGGCUGAAGAGUCAAAAGAACGCGAUCCUGCACGCGCAGGAUCCGCUAGUAACGGCAUUACCGUCGGUCCAUCAGGUGAUCGCGCCCCAAGAGAUGCAGUCGAACGACGCGAUCGACGCCGCGGUCCGCGACAUGGGCUUCGUGCCGGCCACCGUCUCCACGACCACGACCACGCUCGCCAGCGUGGCGAUCAACGGCCUGGGUCCGGCUACCGCCACCAUGGCCCAUCACUACGCGGUCUCGGACUUCGCCGUGGGCGGCAGGUGCAAGUGCAACGGACACGCGGCGCGCUGCAUCCCCGGCAAGGACGGCGAGGUCGUCUGCGAGUGCAGGCACAACACCGCCGGCAGGGACUGCGAGCGGUGCCGGCCCUUCCACUUCGAUCGCCCGUGGGCUAGGGCCACCGCCAGGGACGCCAACGAGUGCAAAGUGUGCAACUGCAACCUCCACGCGAGAAAGUGCAGAUUCAACAUGGAGCUGUACAAGUUGUCGGGCCGUGUCAGCGGAGGCGUUUGUCUGCAGUGCCGGCAUUUUACGGCAGGAAGGCACUGUCAUUACUGCCGCGAAGGUUACUACAGAGAUCCGGCGAGACCGAUCACGCAUCGCAAGGCCUGCAAACCGUGUGACUGCCAUCCGAUCGGAGCUUCUGGAAAGACCUGUAACCAGAGCAGCGGCCAGUGUCCCUGUAAAGACGGUGUAACCGGUAUUACUUGCAACAGAUGCGCCAGAGGCUACCAACAGAGCAGAUCGCAUAUUGCGCCUUGCAUCAAGAUACCCAGGGUCGUACAGACGCAGGGUACGGCUGGUGAAGAGAGCGGCGAGCAUGAGGACGACGACGACGAGCGUGGAUACGACGGACGAGCUGAUCAGUGCGGAAAAUGUCGCGCCAGCACGAAGAGGCUAAAUCUCAACAAGUACUGCAAAAGAGACUACGCUAUUCUGGGCAGAAUAACGGACAGACACAAGAAAAGCGACAGCUCGCAGACCGGCACAAGCGUAUCAGGCACAUCCUGGAUCCGAUUCACUCUAAACGUCGAUUUCAUCUACAAGAAAAAUCCUAACUCGAGGCUUCGACGUGGCGACAUAUCCCUUUACGUUCAUUCAGCUGAUCUGGCUUGCAGAUGCCCGAAAAUCAAGCCUAAUAAAUCGUACUUGAUCCUUGGCCAAGAGAGUGACGGCGGUGGUCAAGGUGGACUCACAGUGACACAGAGGUCGAUCGUCAUCGAGUGGCGCGACGAAUGGCACCGUCGAAUGCGUCGUUUCCAACGAAGGGCGAGAUCGUGCCAUUGAGAUGCUCGUACGUCGCGGAGAGGAAGAGAUAGAAAGCAAGAUGAAGAGAGAAAAAGAAUAAGAGUGUGAGUGAAAGAAAACGAG